UUUCAUUAUCAGUCUCCCCCUAUCGACACAGCAGUGCAGUACGACUCUAGUCCAAUCGCCCCAAAUCGUAAUCUCUGCGAGAGAGGUGACAUCAAGCGUUUAAAGGGCCGAGGUAGUAAUUUUGGUUGUGACAGUCGAGGCAGAGAUUCUCUGUCCUGUGCUUGACCGCUGCCGCUGCCGCUGCCCACCUCUACACCCACUCUCAGCAGCACGGCCAUCAUUCCGGCUUGUUCCGCUCAAGGACAGGAGAGAGAAAGGAGGGAAAAGGAAGAGAGUCAAGCCGCCUCGUCAACGGGAAUCGCCAGAUUAUAAUCUGAGCUGAUCCCGGAAAAAACAAGCACUUUAGCCAAAUAACCAAAAAACAGAAGUGAACAUGAAGACCUUUCUCCUCUCUAUUAUUCUCUGUAUUUUCUUUAUACAUCAUUCCCUUACACAAAGUGACUCUGAGCUUAUAGUAACAACUAGGUUAGGUCGUGUCCAGGGUAUACGCUUGCCCACCCCAGAUCGAAGCCAUGUUGUUGCUUUUCUGGGAAUUCCAUUUGCAGAACCUCCUGUAGGAAAAAAGCGUUUUAAGCCAGCUGAGCCCAAAAAGCCAUGGAAUGAUGUGUUUGAAGCCGCAGAUUAUCCCAAUGCUUGCUAUCAGUAUGUGGACACUUCAUUUCCUGGCUUUCCUGGCAGCGAAAUGUGGAACCCCAACAAGAUGAUGAGUGAGGAUUGCUUAUACCUAAAUGUGUGGGUUCCUGCUUCCCCUCGGCCACACAACCUCACUGUUAUGGUAUGGAUAUAUGGUGGAGGCUUCUACAGCGGUUCUUCCUCUCUAGAUGUCUAUGACGGUCGCUAUCUAGCACAUUCUGAGAAGGUGGUGGUGGUCUCUAUGAACUAUCGUGUGGGUGCUUUUGGCUUUCUUGCCCUUAAUGGCUCCUCUGAGGCUCCUGGAAAUGUGGGACUGUUAGACCAGAGAAUGGCACUCCAAUGGGUCCAGGACAAUAUUCACUUUUUUGGAGGCAAUCCUAAGCAGGUGACCAUUUUUGGGGAGAGUGCUGGUGGAGCCUCAGUUGGCAUGCAUCUUCUGUCCCCAGAGAGUCGCCCCAAAUUCACCCGUGCCAUUCUGCAAAGUGGUGUGCCAAAUAGCCCUUGGGCUACAGUAAGCAUGGAUGAGGCUCGAAGAAGGGCCACCAAGCUGGCCAAAUUCGUAGGCUGUCCUGAUGAUGAUGACACUGAGCUAAUUGACUGCCUUAGGAACAAGCAACCACAGGAGCUUAUUGACCAUGAGUUCCAGGUACUCCCAUAUAGCAGCCUAUUUCGUUUUUCGUUUGUGCCUGUGGUUGAUGGUGUGGUGGUCCCUGAUAACCCUGAAGCCAUGUUGAACUCAGGGAACUUUAAGGAUACCCAAAUUCUUUUGGGUGUAAACCAGGAUGAAGGGUCAUAUUUCUUGAUUUAUGGUGCACCAGGUUUCAGCAAGGACAAUGAUAGUCUGAUCUCAAGGGAAGACUUUCUACAAGGUGUUAGAAUGAGUGUUCCUCAUGCCAAUGAUAUUGGAUUGGAGGCAGUUAUCCUUCAAUACACAGACUGGUUGGAUGAAGACAACCCUUUGAAAAACCGCGAGGCAAUGGAUGACAUUGUGGGAGACCAUAAUGUAAUCUGCCCCCUGCAGCACUUUGCAAGAUCCUAUGCUCAAUAUAGUUCCAACGCUGCCCAGUCGGGAGCAACAGGAAACUUUGGUUGGGCAAAUUCAGGCCCAGCAAUCAACAGCGGCCAAUCACAAGUGGCUGUGUACCUCUACCUCUUUGACCAUCGAGCCUCUAACCUGGCCUGGCCUGAGUGGAUGGGAGUGAUCCAUGGCUAUGAAAUUGAAUUUGUGUUUGGCCUGCCUUUGGAGAAGAGGCUUAACUACACUGCAGAAGAGGAGAAGCUCAGUCGACGUAUGAUGAGAUACUGGGCUAAUUUUGCUCGUACAGGCAAUCCCAAUAUCAACGUUGACGGAUCCGUAGAGAGCCGACGGCGAUGGCCUCUCUUCACAGCAACAGAGCAGAAGCAUGUGGGCCUAAACACAGAUGCAAUGAAGGUGCACAAAGGGCUGAAAACACAGCUAUGUGCCCUGUGGAACCGGUUUCUGCCUCGCCUACUUAAUAUAACUGACAACAUUGACGAUGCUGAACGGCAAUGGAAGGCAGAAUUCCACCGCUGGAGCUCCUACAUGAUGCAUUGGAAGAGCCAGUUUGACCACUACAGCAAGCAGGAGCGUUGUACAGAUCUGUAGACAUGCGGAGAAUGUGAGACAUGGAGAGAAUGCAAGAAAAUAAAAAUUAGAGAAGAGUGAUGACCAUAUUACUCUAUAGUCUCAGGAGCCCUCUGAUAGAAUGUCAAUCGUUCUCUGAGCCACUGUAGAUUAUGCCCUUUACUGAUGGGUUCCUCUGAGUAGGUAGAAGAUUUAAUAUGGGAAGGUUAUAGUUAUAUGCUAUGUAGUAUAUCAUUUGCCACCUGUAUAUUGUUAACUAUUGCAUUAUUUUGCAUUUAAAUGCUAUUACAAUUGCCCUAGACAGUUGUUUGACAGUGCUGUAUGUUAACUGCAGGAAGAGACUAUUAAAAGUUUCGGUCAUCGUUGAGGAUGUACAAGAGAACAUGUUAAAGGUGUGAUAUUACCUCUGAUAAUUGUGUCUGUGUGUCAGUAUACCUAUACCAGUUCACUCAUCCUCAGGAUCCCACGUUUUCCUUUUUUUACUUUGAUUUGCUUAAGCUAUAAUUGCUGCUUGACCAUGUGUGCAUUUGUCUAUAUUCCUCUUCUAUCAUGUCAGCCGUCUUCACUGUUUAAAUUUUAUGUGUGGCCUGUGGUUAUGUGCUGUCUCUAUGUGGGUCCAGAACAAUUCUUUGAUAUCACAUAUAAGGGAAUCAUUUCAGCCCAUGCUCAAUGUGCUGGCUCUAUACUGCACUGAUGUGUUUGUUCUGGCUUCCAGAAAUGUGUGUGUAUGCCAUGUCUGUAUAUUAUACUCAUAUGUAAAAAUUUUCAUCUUGUUUGAUACACCUAUUGCAUGCAUACUGGUGCUCACAGCAUGUUCCACCUCUAUUUAUGUGUGUUUGUGAGGGUGUGCAAGCUAAAAAGUGACUGUGUAAGAGUAUAUCCGAAUCGAGCGCCUCCACGGGUCAGUAUCCAUUAUCUCCUGUCUAUAUGUAGCACACCACUUGUGAAAGUCACCUCCACUUUCAUUAUAUUUACGUGGGCACUUUGUGCAUGUGUGCAAAUCCUAAAGAGAGAGGUCUGUAACUACUGUGUCAUGCCUGUGUGCCAAAGAGUCAAUAACUUUUUUCCACUACUGGCUCCCCUCCCAGUAGGAAAGAAUUUUCAUUACGGUAAUGGAAGGAGUGUAAUUUAGUUAGUGCUCAUUUGAAACGACGGCCUGCUGUGUCAGCCAUCUUAACCCCAGCUUCGCCAUCACUCAACUUAUGCAUUUGGUAGAUGAUGCAGGAAAGCAGAGUGUUUAAAUGGGAGUGCUUAGGGAGCAGACAUUUACAGGAGCCAACUAGAGUUCUUUACUCAUUCUCAUUGUUUUGUAUGUCCUUUUUUCCUUUUUAGUUGCAUGCUUGCACUAAUUAUAAAAUGUAGAAGAAUACACAGAGUGUUUUCAGUUUGCUCAUAUCUGAUUCAAAUAUUAUGUACUAUAUUUAUUAUAUACUUUUUGGACACUUACUUUGUCAUCAUUUAAUGUACAAUUUUUCCUUGCUCUUAUCUUCUGACCGUAUCUAGCUCACUAUAUUUGUACAUUUUAAAGUGUGGUUGUUUUUAUGCUACUGUGAGUCACACCACUGAUUUAUUCACACAUUAUUUCAGUAUAGUUAAUCUCUCCACCAGUUAUUAACACUGUGGAAGUGCAAGCCCUCCAGCAAGUAUAACGAUUAGCUGUAAUUAUAUGUAACCUCACAAGUUGACAGGACAAGGGAGUUUUACAUGGAAAACAUUUUGAAAAUAAAAUAAUAAAAUGCUAUAUUAAAUUAUUUUGAUAUGAGAUAUGAGAACAGAUAAGUGAAAUAAAUGCAUGUGCCAGCAGUGUGGCUGGGGAAUGUGCUUGCCUGUUGCUGCUCUUGCAUCUUUUGCUCAAUGACAAUUUUUCCUUAUCUCUUCUGUCCAGUGAAAAGACCCGUGCAUGUCAUAAAUCUCCACUCCAAUUGAUUCUGUACUCACAAAUUUGAUUGUUAAACCUUGUAACCAUAAUCCAGUGCUGAUGUUUAUUAUAUUAUACAUCUAUAUCUAUUAAACAUUAUUAUUAGCCCUGAGAUUGAGGUCAGCAAUAAGAGAUUAUAUUUGGAGUGGAAUAUAUUGGAAUUGACAAUAAUUUCAUUGGUAAUAAGCAUGGUUUGCGAUAUGGUGAUUGAUAAAUCACUAUAUCUGGACAAAUGCAUUUGUAUCUAUUUUUUUUUCUUCAGUAAAAAACUAUUUUGGGGUCUUUACUGGUUUAUGUGCUGUUGCAAUCAGUUAAUCAAUUACAUACUGUAAUCAAUGUGAACACUUAACGGUGUGUGAUUAUGUUCUAGACUAUCAUUUGUGCAUCCUCAAAUUGAUAGCUUUUUUCAUAUUGCACCCUAAUCAUUAUUCUUUCUGGUCCAGACAUUGCCCACUGUGCCAAACUUGUGUGGUGACAGCAUUGUGCUAUUACUCUGCAUGGUACUACUGCUGCCUCUUGGGCAUUGUAUUUGAAGUCCUCCAACAAAACCUCAUUAAAACGGUCUGACUAAACUGAAA